AAUCCAUCAGGUCCAAGUGCUUUAUCACAUGUGAUUGAACUCCGCCAAACCGCGAGGCUAGCCCACCUCCCUGUCGACGAUCAUUCGUUCAACUCGGGCCUACUAUCCAUUGCCCCGUGGAGAGGGUUGAACUUCACAGACCGGUAGGGCUAGAGCCUGUGUAAUUGAGCACUGGCAAUCCCACAUAACCGGCCUGGGGACCACAACCAAGUUGUCAGAUUUUACUUUAAUUUCCCCCCCACGCCUGCAACUUUCCACCCAGUCAUCCCCCUUCCAUUCCCUCCUAUCUACAGUCAUCUUUCCUAAAUUGUCUGCAGUCCCCUCCCCACCCGAUCUCUACAAAAACUACCAAAAACCAGCGAGCCGCGGAACGGGAAACUUGGGGGAACCGUCGGCCACGAGAAAUGUCCACUAUGUUGGCCCCACCCCCAGCUUUGUUCCCGACCAAGAACCCAACAGACUGGUCGGAAGCAGGUACGACGGAUACCCCGUCCACACCCUCGAUAUCUGCUUCGGCGGCCACCCCUGCUCAUGUCCCUAUAGCCCCUGCAGCAGCGGACACAAUGUCUGCUGGGAGCCGGGGUGUGCCGAUGCAGACCGCUUCUACGCAGACUGAUGACGAGGUUUUAUCAAGGCCUACUGGCCCUGCUGCGAACCGAGCUAGCGACGGAAGCCUCCUGGAGUGUCAGGCGGAAGAAUCCGGCCAAGGGAGUGAUUUAGACUCUCCGCUUCCAAAACCUAAACAGGGCGCUGGUUUGUCCGUCUUUCUGAAUCGCAUUUCAGAAACGCGAUUACACCAGCUUGCUGACAUGUUCCACUACUAGCUUCCCACUACUUGCGCCGAGCGGAAGCUCACGAAUUGCCAAGUUUCGGCAAUGUUGGUUUAGCAAACCCUGAGGCGGCAGGCGCCGCGGCAGCUUCUCUUGCGCACACUUCUGCUAAGGUUGUGGAAAUAUGGAAACCUGAUCCCAUAUCCGCAGCUGGGGCAGCAGCAUGUCUAGCCCAUGCUAACCCUGGAAGAGUUGAACCAUGGAAACCGACCCAAGGAACUGGGGCAGGAAAAGCAGCUAUCCACGCUUUGGAGGAUAGUAACGACCGUAUAAACCCCCAUACAGAACGGCACCCUCCAGAGAGUUCGCCGCUGACUGGCACUCAAGGAGCCAUGCAAGCUUCCAGCACCGGGCCCGCUUCAACUCCCCGACACGAGUCGGGGACAAAGAUCUCAGGAAACGCUGUGACGGCCGCAUCUCUUGCUCACAUGCCAAUGGUUCGACGUGCGUCUAACGCCGUAGAACCGGCUUUCGAGCGGCUCGUCGAAAGCGAUCUCAAUAAUGCGGGCGGAGUUUCACAGCAGGAAAGGCGCAAAUCGGAUAUUCUGCGGGCAGCCACAAUAUCCAUGUCUAAACGUGAUUGCGACAUCCACUCACCUGACUCACCGAGACAGAGAAAUGGUGUGCCGUCUCGAGAGCGGCAGCGUCCUGCAACAACCCCGCCAUCUUCGCACCAUCCAAUCUACGGUCCGGAUCUCGACGUGGCUGCAUGCAAGGUCGCUGCAGAGCGUCUGACUCUAAUCGGGUAUGACCCCGAGCCCUCUGCUUCCCUCUUAGGGGCAAAAGGAGCCCAAGCAUCGCUCAGUCGGUCUCGGUCAGCGAUGGCUGAGGGCGCAAGCGCAAGUGAUCACGGCCGAAGAACCGAUAGGAAUCCAUCCCAUUCGCGCGAAAAUCUGACCAGGCUAGAGAAUAAAAAACGUGGCGAGAACGCUGUGCUGCUUAUGGCGACAGCCCAACGAAACGUUCAGGCGCGGAUGUCAGGACUCGACCGCCAGAUUGCCGACUCCAAAGGUUUAGUCCGCCGGGAGGAUUGGGAAGCUAGAGCGAGAGAACUAGCCCAGGCGGAUCACGAUAAGCGUCAGCAUCAGAAUCACGGUAAGGUCAGCAUUGGGGGCGGAGGAUACAUGACACUCGAGGAGAUAGACGCCAUUGCAGCGAGAAAUGUGAGACCUGUCUUAGAUGGUAUGACUAGGAAAGCCGAGGCGGAAAGAGCGCGGGUCUUUGCGGAAAAGGCAGGACCUGCAGAGGAGCGAACGGAACUGGAAGAAAAGAAACGUCUCCAAGAAGUCUGGAGGGCGCAGGAGGAGGAGACGCAAGAAGAACUAAAGCGAGCUAGAGGUAUGUAAAAUAUAAAUAUACAACAAGCAUCCCCGCAUUACCCCAUAAGGCUUUUUCCUUUUUUUGUUCUCCCCCUCCUUCCUUGCCCUUUGCCGCAGCAAAUGACUUUCAACACCAUCCGGCCGAGAAUCAUACGCUGAUAGUAGGAAUGCAAACUCCACAGCAAUGGGAAAAGAAGAAAAACGCCGCAAGGAAAGUGAAAAACGUCACCUCAAAGAGCGUUGGCAAUCCUUCAAAACCGACAGCAAGCGAGCAAAGGCUAGCAACAACGGAAGCAACAAUCAACCGGUACAACUGCCAGCGCCAAUAGCAUCCAAUAGCGACAGCAAUUUCAGCGUUCACACCCCGAUAACCCCCCCGCCAAAAGAGAAAAAAGGCCUCCGAGCACUAAUCAACAAAUUCCGCGCGAGAAGACACUUCCGAAAUGCUAGUGGUACCGGUUCGAAAGAAUUCCCCACCGCCGGCGCAAUGGUAACCACAAAUAACAAUCCUUCAAGCAAUUACAAUACAGCACCGUCUCGGUACUCCAACAUUCCACCACCACCUGCCCCCCAAGCCAACGGUGCUCAAACCCUGACGACUACCCCCACCCUCACCGAAGUCGCUCUCCUAGGCGCUCCUCCGCCAGCGCCAAUCGCCACAGCCCCAACCUGCAGAAACCCUUCCCACAAAAGCUCUCCGGUAUCAAGUCUCCACUCCUCCCAAUGCCACGGAGAAAUAGUGCCAGAAGUAUACGUUUCUGACGGCGACAACGGCAGUGGCGGUGCCGCCCACAACAGCCACAGCAACAGUAACAACGGUCCCCAAAGGAGAAAAGAGUCAGACACAGAAAAUCACUCGGACGGAACUGAAGAACGUGAUACAUUCCCUGGCACACCGCCGGUGCUGGUGGCAAUGGACCGCUCGGGAGAGCAGUUGCCCUUGGAGAGAGAAGCCUCGGGCGGUGAGCCAGGCAACAGAAGUUCCGUUGGGAGUAGGUUUUUUGAGAACUUGUAGAUGGAGGAGACGGAGGGGGGUUGGGGGUGUACUAAUAGCUUUGUCCCGUUAUAUAUCACUAUUUCCGCCCUUUCAUUUCUCCCGGGUGGGUUGGGUUCGGUAGUGUAUGGCGCUUCACUCAUUCACCCAUUCAUUCUCUUAAUGUUCUUCCCUUUGUGCGAUUGGUGUACGGGUGCAUGCAUUUGUAAGACGACCACUCACGAUCUGGGACUUUUUCAUCUUUCAUUCAUCUCUUCCUUGUACAGUGCAAUGCUGGGGCAGGAUAUAGUAGAGUAGGGCACGGUAGUUGGUAAUGAUAAUUGAUAUGGCAUGAAGG